UGUGAGAGAGAGAGGGAGAGAGUGUAGUGGGAGGAGCUGAUGGAAGGUGUAAAAGGAGAAAGUGAUAGAGAGAGAGGAGGGUGAGCAGCAGCUCAGCUGUUCUCACAGCAGUGUAGAGCGAGCAGUCGUCGAGCAACCGUUGCUACGGAGAUUGUGACCAUGUCUGCCGCCGUGGUAACAACCAGUGAAGCGUCAGACUGAACCUGAGAGAGAGAGCAAGACAGCAUGAGGACGAACAAGAAGUUGAGAAUCCUCGUGUUGAGCAGUUGAGUGGUUGAAUUUCCCGGGGGGAGUCGGUGGCCAUGGCAGGCCGACUCCUCCUCCUCUUCCUGUUCAUCUCUGUGGUGCUCGGCGACGCCCACUUCCAGCGUCUGAAGCCUCGCCUCCAGAGAGACCGGCGCAACAUCCGUCCAAACAUCAUCCUGAUUCUGACGGAUGACCAGGACCUGGAGCUCGGAUCGAUGCAGGCCAUGAAUAAGACUCGGCGCAUCUUGGAGGAGGGCGGGACUUCCUUCUCCAACGCCUUUGUGACCACGCCCAUGUGCUGUCCGUCACGUUCAAGCAUGCUCACAGGAAAGUACGUCCACAAUCACAACACCUACACCAACAACGAGAACUGUUCCUCGUUGUCAUGGCAACGGCAGCACGAGCCACGGACCUUUGGGGUCUACCUCAAUAACACUGGAUACAGGACAGCCUUUUUCGGAAAGUACUUGAACGAGUAUAACGGCUCGUACGUCCCAGCCGGGUGGAGAGAGUGGCUCGGUCUGGUGAAGAACAGUCGCUUCUACAAUUACACGAUGAGUCGCAACGGAGUCCGAGAGAAACACGGAGCUCAGUAUCCACAGGACUACCUGACCGACCUCAUCACAGCUGAGUCUGUCCGAUAUUUCCGCUCAUCAAAGAGAGUUUACCCUCAUCGUCCAGUUCUGAUGGUUCUGAGUCACGCGGCUCCACAUGGACCCGAAGACUCGGCGCCACAGUACAGCACGGCCUUCGCCAACGCAUCACAGCACAUAACUCCCAGUUAUAAUUACGCUCCAAACACAGACAAACACUGGAUCAUGCGUUACACUGGUCCAAUGAAACCCAUUCACAUGGAGUUCACUAACAUGCUGCAGAGGAAACGACUGCAGACGCUGCUGUCAGUGGACGACAGUGUGGAGAAGCUGUACAACAUGCUAGUGGAGACAGGUGAGUUAGAAAACACCUACAUCAUCUACACGUCUGACCACGGCUACCACAUCGGACAGUUUGGACUCGUCAAAGGAAAAUCAAUGCCUUACGAGUUUGACAUCAGAGUCCCGUUUUAUAUCAGAGGACCAAACGUGGAGCAAGGCAGCAUAAACCCUCACAUGGUUCUGAACAUUGAUCUGGCUCCGACCAUCCUGGACAUCGCUGGCCUGGAUACGCCUGCAGACAUGGACGGGAAGUCAAUUCUGUCUCUGCUGGACACGGACAAAACUGCUAACAGGUUCCAGGUGAACAGGAAGCCAAAGGUGUGGAGAGACUCAUUCCUGGUGGAGAGAGGGAAACUGCUUCACCAACGCGUGGAGGGAAAGGAAGUGACGCAGGAGGAGAACUUCCUGCCCAAACACCAACGAGUCAAAGACCUGUGUCAGCGAGCCGAGUACCAGACGCCGUGUCAGCAGACGGGACAGAAGUGGCAGUGUGUGGAAGACGCCACGGGGAAACUGCGUCUCUUCAAGUGCAAGAACGAAGGGGGCGGGGCAAAGAGGUUCCAGAGGGGCGCUGUUCGACUUCAGCGUCCAAUCAGCAUGAAGUCUCAGCUAUACCAGCGCGACGCGGACGCCUGCGACUGCGACCUCAGCGACCUUCGACCUCUGAACCUGCGGCCGACCUCGACGAGGCCGUUCAACAGCAAACCUUUCUUCUCUAAGAAGAAGUUCAAAGCUCUCAAGAGUUACUCCAGGAACCGUUACACUCGCUCCACGUCGCUGACCAACAGUUACCCCGGAAACCACAGCCUGGUGGGCGGGGCCGACGAAUCAGAGGAUGAGUUCAGUGGGAUGGGUGGAGCUUCCAGUGUCGCGGCUUUGCCCAACUCCAUCAAAGUCACACACAGAUGUUCGAUUCUGUCUAACGCCUCAGUGAAGUGUGAGACAGGAGUUUAUCAGUCUCUGCAGGCGUGGAAGGACCACAAACUACACAUCGACCACGAGAUCGAGACCCUGCAGACAAAGAUAAAGAACCUAAGAGAGGUCAGAGGUCACCUGAAGAAGGCCCGCCCCCUGGAGUGUGACUGUAACAAGUACCUGUAUAAAUCCAAACUGAAGAACAAGCUGCGUUACCGUGGAGACCUGCAUCCCUUCAGGAAGGGCGGGGCUCGGGACAAGAAGGCGUGGCUUCUGAAGGAGCAGAAGAGGAGGAAGAAGAUGAGGAAGAUGAUAAAGAGGAUCAGGAACAACGACACGUGUUCCAUGCCCGGACUCACCUGCUUCACACACGACAACCAGCACUGGCACACUGCCCCCUACUGGACACUCGGUUCAUUCUGCGCGUGCACCAGCGCUAACAACAACACGUACUGGUGUCUGAGGACCAUCAACGAGACGCACAACUUCCUGUUCUGUGAGUUUGCCACUGGAUUCUUGGAGUACUUUGACCUCAACACAGACCCGUACCAGCUCAUAAAUGCUGUCAGCUCAUUAGAUCGCACUCUUCUUAAUCAGCUCCACGUCGAGCUGAUGGAGCUCAAAGGCUGCAGAGGACACAAGCAGUGUAAUCCUCGCACACGCUCACUGGAGCCUGCAGGUGGGCGGGAACAUGGCAGCUUUGACGACUACAGGGUGUUUGAAAGGAGAAAGUGGCCGAAAGUCAAGAAACCUUCAUCGUCUCGAACCCUUGGUCCAAUCUGGGAUGGCUGGAAGGGCUAAUUCUCCAUAUUGGUUGCUGUGAGACUCCGCCCACAGCAGCCUGGAGGAGCGGGGGGCGUGGUCACCAGAUGCCACCAUCGCGGCACUCGCGGCCACUUCACCGCUCAGCCAAUCAGCUUCUGCCAUUUCUGUGACAUCACUAAGUCACCUUCUACCCUGCUGCUGCUCAGGGAGACGCUGGGACCAAACACCUCCCCCUGAGAGCUCCGCCUCCUCUGAGAGGAAGUCAGCUUCAGGGGAGGUGAUAGCGAUCAAGAAGAGACUCCUCCUCCUCUUCAUUAUGUGACCUCCCGGCGGCCAUAUUUGUUUCCACACUUUAGGACGUUUUCGCUCAGACUGAAGCAAAAUAUCCGACACUGUGACAUCACUGAUGAUGUCAUUUCCUCUUUUUAUUUACUAUUAACAUGAGCUUUGUUACCAUGGCGACAGACACGUUUACUGACAACGACAGACGUUAACUAACCCCACCCCCCUCCCCUGGUGACUGACUUCAGUUCCCAUCAUGCAUCAUGGCCAGACUGAGUCUUCUGAGCCAAUCAGAAGAGGACGACAUGAUGAUGUCAUUGUUUGUUAACUGUCCAAUCACCUCGCUACGUUUUAUUUUAAACUAUUAAUUCACCCACAAACAAACAAACAAAUUUCUAAACUAUAAAACUGUAAAAAAAAAAGAAAACUGAUCUUAACAAAUAAAAAAUAAACAUAAAAAGUAAAUAAACACUGAGCUCUGGUUUUACUCUCACACACUUUUACACUGAAAACAGUUUCCAUGGUAACGCAGACACGAAGACACUCGCUGAAGUAAACAAACUAAACUAUGCGAUUGUAUUCCGAUCAAAUCCAUGCAUCAGGUGACGUGAUCGUCAGUGGAGACAACGCUGCCCCCUGAUGGUUUAAAAACAAUGCCGAUUAAUUUGUACGUGAAGAAAAAAACACUUAGCGGCUAUGCUUCAGUUUAGGAGUUACCAGAUGACAAUUAUUCUAGCUAGUUAGCUUUUUUGACACAAAUCCCGUGAUUUAUUAAAAUUUUUCAGGGUUACCAUGGUUACCAAAUCACGGUAAUGCUAGCUAGGGUUUCUGUCAUGAACAUCCUGCGGUGAUUGCCUACUUAAGUGUAACAAGGAUUAGCAGUUAGCUCCAGGUUAGCAGUUAGCUGCAUGUUAGUAGUUACUUGAAGAUAUUAGCCCUAGCUAGCUAGCUUUUCUGCCAUGUUUACGUUUUUUAUACUUUUGCUAUUAUGGGUGAUGCUAAUGCUAACUAGAUAACUUUCCCGCCAUGUUUACACUUCCUGCUUCUGUCACAGGAAACUUUUACUUUUACCGUGUUAAAAAUAAUCGUCAUGUCAUGACUGAACUGUUCACGCAUCGCGUUACAGAAGUUACGUAUAUCUUUAUUUACACACAGAGCAGAGACGACAUCAGAUCUCAGGGUUUAACCCAGACUUCUGGUUCUGUUGUUACGGUGGUACAUCACCAUGGUAACAGACCCUGCAGUGUAAACGUGUGUGAGGCGUAAACACAGUGACUCUCAGUGUGAUUCUUGUUGUUUUCUUGGCUCUGCGGUGCUGUUCACUCUCUAACAACUGUAGGGAAAAAACCUCCUGGUUGUGUUUGAAUGUAUUUGUAAAUGUUUAGCUAUGUUUUCUAAAGACACACACACACACGCACACACACACACACUGAAGGACAAACUGCCAAGCACUUUGAUUGGAGGAUGAAUGGACCAAUCAGGGUUCAUGGUGACGAUACUGAUCUAACACACGUGUACAUUCACCCGCUCACCUGUGGAAACCUGUGGUGACUGGAUUUAGUUUGUGAAUAAAGUGUUGAAACAUUUCCUCCUCA